AUGGCCGAGUCAUCCUCACAGGAAACAGAGUGGGAGGCGAUCGAGAUCUUGAAGGAACGCGGGGGGAAAUAUUACAUCCGAUGGGCUGGAAUCGACCCAGAGACGAAUAAAGCAUGGAAACCGACCUGGGAGCCAAAGAGUUUGGCGAACGAACUGCUAGUAGAAGACUGGAAGGAGAAGAAGAGGAAGAGGAAGAGACGAAGCUCAACCCGGAACAGCUACCGAUCUGAAUCAAUCUCAUAUUGGUCAAGCACCCAUUCAACAACAGCCAAGACGACCGCCGAGUUAACUCGCAGGAGUACUCGUCUAUCAAUGGUCGAUAAUCCGCAUAGCACUCCCUCCAGCAGUAGUAUCAUAAGCACUAAGCGAAAACGAAGAAAGACUCACGAAACUUCCACCCCUGCUAGUCCUGUCUCAUCCAAGCUACACUCAAUCCAUGAUCAUCAGUCCUCACCGCAACCUUCUACUCCCUCUCAACUCAACUCAUCUCAAAAGUUAAAGCAAACGGUCAUCCCAGAAACUCAAUCUCAAUCAGAUGAAGAACUCGACACAGGAAACCAGAAAACUAAACCUAAUCCUUCUGUUAAUCCGAAUCGAAAGACCCCCAAUCGCCUCCCUAUGACCUCUUCGUCUCUACCCGAAGAUCCACUCCAAGUCGCCAAGACUCCACGCUCCAAAAGAAAACAGAAGAAACCUGGGCCUACUCCCCCAGCUAAUCCGACGCCCAAAACUCCUAUUCGCCUUCCUUUGACCUCUUCUUCUCUGCCCGAAGAACCAAUCCGAGAAGCCGAGGAUUCAAUUUCAAAAAGAAAACAGAAGAAACUCAAACCUAAUCCACCUGCCGCAGCCGACCCGAAUCCCAAGACUUCCACUCGCGAUCAUCUGAGCCCUUCUCCCACUCAAGACCCAUCCGAGCCAGCUGAGGAUUCAGAUGGGCCGGCUACACCCACCCAAGAAACUUCACAAGCCCAAGACAUUGCAUUGAACCUAUUUUCCAAUGACUCCUCGAGCCAUCACAGCAGUGAGGUUGAGGACGAAUACUCAAACCUCGGCCAGGCUAGGACGCCCAACCCGCCAUCCCCUCUGCUCUCUUCGAACAAUGAUCAAGUCACCCCGCCUCGAAAUAGCUAUGAACCUGAUGCAGAAACAGCCGAUCUGAUCGCCAGUCUUAAUGACUAUGACGACCCUGACCAUCUGUCGAGAAUGGUCCGGUACAUAUCCCGAAGCUCGAUCGAUGCUGACGACAAGAGAUUCAUCCUCAAAUUCAUCAACGACCCGCUCUCUUAUCUUGCCGAUCCGACUAACGAAAUCGAGCAGCUGCGACAAGAGCACACACUCGGUGGAUAUCUGGGAUUUGAAAUCAAAAGGCAAAAAGCUGGUUCAAUCAACCUAUGGCUUCAAGGGCUUGGUGGCUCACAUCCAUCAUGGGUGGUUAGAUGGGACAGUGCUAAAGAUCGUAAAAAAGUUGCAAAGCUGCUUUUUCGCUACCCAUCGAGUCGCAAGAGGUCCUGCUCAGAUACAUCCGAAUCAAGAGUCUCUGAGCGUACUGACGCCAAGCCUGAGCCUUCUCAUCUAUCGAAAGAGCCCGAUGAUCAUCAAUCGUGUUCGAGUCAAAGUCAUCAGCCCCAAGAGGCUGAAAUCGAGCCUGAUCCUCCUGGGCCAGAUGAUAACCCAGCGCCAUUCGAUGACCACGAAUCGGAAUCCUCCGAAUUGCCGCAUGUUCCGACCCCUUCCCCUCCAGCCGAUGCUCCGCCUGAUGAUAUUCACACCGAUGCUCCGCCGGAUGAAAUUCACACCGAUGCUCCGCUUGAUGAUAUUCACACCGAUUCUGCGCCUGAUGAAAUUCACACCGAUGCUCCGCUUGAUGAUAUUCACACCGAUGCUCCGCUUGAUGAUAUUCACACCGACCCCGCAGUGCCACUAUCGACCGGCCUUUCGGGCGAACUUCAGCCAGAGACUGCUAUCUCCCCGGAAGACGAAGCUCGUCCUAGGAGGGUGGAGCAUCUUUUGAACGAAACCGCCACAGGUGAGAGUCGGAGCGAAGUCGAGCCAAUUUGGAAUGACGCCGGCGCCGCGGGUGAGAGUCGGAGUCAAGUCGAGCCUUUUUCGAUUGAAGCCGACACGGACCGAGAGGACCGAAUGAGCAAGGAAGAGCUUCGGAGUGUCUUGAUAGGGCUACGUGUGUUAUUGAAAGGUGCCCUAGAGGCCAGUGCACAUCAAGAAAACGAUGCCCACGAAACAUCUCGCCUCCAAGCUGAUUUGCAGAAAGAAAAGGAAACAGUGGCAGAGCUGAAGAAUCGGCUCCGGGACCAAGAUGGAGAGAUAACUGGACGCCAAGCUGAUUUGGAGAAAGAAAAGGAAACAGUGGCCGAGCUGAAGAAUCGACUCCGGGACCAAGAUGCAGAGAUAACCCGACAACAGGCCCUCCAAGCCGACUUGAAGAAACAAAAUGAGACAGUGGCGGCAGAGCUAAACAAUCGACUUCGGGACCAGGAUGUCGAGAUAAAUCAACAACGGGCCCUCCGAGUUGACUUGAACAAAGAAAAUGAGGCAGUGGUAGCAGAGCUAAAGAAUCGACUUGGGGACCAACAUAUGGAGAUAACUCGUCAUCGGGCCCUCCAAGCUGACCUGAAGAAAGAAAACGAAGCAUUGGCGGAAAAGCUAAAGGAUCGACUUCGGGACCAAGAUGUAGAGAUAAUUGCACGAUGGGCUCUCGCAGCUGAUUUGGAGAAAGAACAGGAGAGGGUGGCAAAACUAAAGAAUCGACUCCGGGAGCGAGAUGAAGAGAUAACUGGACGCCAAGCUGAUUUGGAAAAAGAAAAGGAGGCAGUGGCAGAGCUGAAGCAGCGGCUCCGGAACCAAGAUGUAGAGAUAACUGGACGGCGGGUUGAAUUGAUGAACUAUCAAGUCGAGGUGGAUCGAUUGCAAACCAAAGUGAAAUCCUUAGAGAGUCUAUUGGCAACAGAAGAGAAACAACCGGCCCGAUUACUCUACGAAAAGUUCACCCAUCGUCAGAAACAGGAGUUAAGCCAAGCUCAAGCUGAGUCACGAUUAGCCAGGGAAGCAUGCAAGCGACUUGAGAGACAGAAGAAGAUCUCCGAGGAGAAGAAUAACGAGCUUGUGAAAUCCUUUGCCGAGCAAAACGAAGACUUACGGAAUCGACUGGAGUCAGCAAAUGCUAAGAUUUACCAACAAUUCGCCCAAAUUGAAUCUCUUAAGUUGCAAAUUAGAGAUCUUGAAGAAACAGAAGAAAUCCAGAGAAGAUCUAUUGAGCAUUUGAAAGAUAAACUUGAAAUCUCCGGCUCAACAUUAGAGGAUGAAGAAGAAUCAACAGCAGAUCAUCAACAAGACGAGACUCCAUCUUCCAAUCCCAUCGUGCCAGAAGCAGCAGCAGCAGCAAAUGAAGAAAACGCCGAGAACUCGCUCACAUUCCAUCCGAUUUCGCAGCUAGAAAGGUGCAGUUUAGGAGCGUUGAGACCAUCCAAUCUCGUCAACCAAUCCUUACAAACAAUGACUAGCGAGCAUGAUCAUCAUCAUCGACAAGAAGAUUCAAGCCAAACGAUCGAGGAAGAGGAUAGUCAAGGACGCAUCAAAUCCAGUGCUGGACUUCGUUCCACCUCGCACUUCGAAACUCUUUCCCCCUCCAACUCAUCUUCUUCAGUCGAUCCUCGUCGCUCUUGUCCUCCUCCGAACGGCCAAAAAACCUUCAAGAUCGCCCGCAGCUCUCUUCAGUUUUCUUCCCCGCUCUGUCUUCCUCGCUUGGGUACUUCCUUGAAUACGCCUACCUCCGUGGCUACCUCUUCUCGCUUACAUCAACCCCCGCCUUAAUUCCUUCCUUCCUUCUUCAUCCCCAUCCCCAUCAUCCUCUUUUUCUGCUUGACUCAUUUUGUAUUUUUGGUUUUGAUACCUUCUUUCUUUUUCUUCUCCUGUUGUAUCCUGGCCUCAUUAUUACCAGCUCAGUUUGGUAGCCCACCACCACCUCCCUCCGCUCCGGCCCACUUUGGGGUUUUUUUUUUUGGCUUGCUUGCUUGAUUUACUGUCUGUCUUCCUUUUCUUCUCUUCUUUUGUCCAUAGUCUACAAAAAAAAACAUUGAGAGUGUUUGAAAG